AUGGUGUGUUAUAGAGACGAUUGGAUCAUGAAGACCAUGCUAGUAGUCUUUGUAGCAUGCGUUUUGAUCUUGGGAAGUUUGGAAGCUAAUGCGAAAUGGCCAUCUUUGAAGACCCGUUUGCUACUUGCUAAUGAAGCCAACCUUGGUCGAAAGGUUGAGGUUGGUGCUGAUAAGGGUGCCACAGUAAACAAAGGAACGACUGAAGACACUGAGAAUAAAGCCAGCAGUGAGACUGAUAAUAACAGCACUGAAGGUGAUAAUAAUGAGAGUUACCAAGACUUUGGACAAAAAAAUGGAUCAUCGCCAAGUCGCCAUUAUAUUAUUCCUUGUUCCUUCCCAACUCGAUGUUGAAGAUAGCCAAUGAUCUGGCCAUAUCAGAGCUAGUCAAGAAGAAUCUUUUCUGUAAAAACUGUCUAGCCUAGAUGUGAGUUUCAAUAGAAGAAUGUACGGCAUUGGUUAGUUGUAGAAAGUUAAAAGUAUCAGUAUGAAUGUUGUGUUUACUAUGUGU